AAAUGGUUUUGACUGGUCUGAUCCGGUUCGGUACGGUUUAAGGAAUUUGCUGGGAACAAGAAUAAACCAGAAGGGAAGGUGGGAGGAGAAGCUGGGGGAUACUACGAACGGAGGAAGAGGUUGUCCUUGUCCACGCACGAACCCUAAAUCCUCUCUUUCAGCCCAUUCCUCCAUCAGUCUUCAAUCACUCAAGGAAAAAAGGAUCUUUCUUUCGUCGAAUCUUCUAUAAAACUCAACUUUUUGUGGCCGCUGGAAUGAUGCUCUUCCAUAGGCUAUCGAGAUUAGGUUCUCGCAUUGUUAAACAGCUUCCUAGAGAGAGGCAUUUCUCAGUAUGCGGGAUGCGGGUUUUACAAAGGUCUUAUGGUCAUUAUCUGCAAUCUUCGGCUGCUGUACUACAGAGGCAAUCUGGGACUUUUCAGCAUGCCUUUUUCUCAAAUAAUCAUUAUCUGUGUACAUCCUUCAGCACUGCCUCUGGAGAUAGCGGCGAAGAAACAGAAAAGAUAAACGUUAUCUUUGUUGAUAAAGAUGGAGAGGAGAUUCAUAUUAAGGUCCCAGUUGGAAUGAACAUCCUUGAAGCUGCUCAUGAAAAUGAUAUAGAACUCGAAGGGGCUUGUGAAUGUUCUCUAGCCUGUUCCACGUGCCAUGUGAUUGUUAUGGACACGGAGUACUACAACAAACUUGAAGAACCAACAGAUGAAGAGAAUGACAUGUUGGAUCUUGCUUUUGGGUUAACAGAAACGUCAAGAUUGGGAUGUCAAGUCAUAGCAAAACCAGAGCUAGAUGGAAUACGCUUAGCCAUUCCUUCAGCCACUAGGAAUUUCGCAGUUGAUGGAUUCGUUCCAAAGCCUCACUAAGCCCCUUCAACGUCUCUCACAGAGGAUGAGUAUUCUAUUAGUUGAGUAACUUGAGUUAAAGGAGUUUUCGAGUUUACACUUGUUAAGAAUCAGAGAAAACAUAUUACAAUAAAACCUUUGGGUGUUGUAACUCAGAAGGUGAGAGAUUUCACAGUUUUAUCUCAUCUGUUUUUGGCAGCA